UAGGGCAUAUGGAAGCAAGCAAUUUCAUUUUGAAAUAGUUUUGCUCACACCAACGGACUACAUAGUUGUGUCCAACGAACAUGCUUGUAGUCUUUGUUGACGUACGAAACAUGCCGGGAAAAGCCGUACAACAGUAGCAGGAUCAACUCUCGAGAACUUAAAUUUGUUGUAAUUUCUGUGUUCGUGUCCCGCAACCACAUACAUCAUACAAGCACAUAUCAAUACAUAGAGAGGUCAUUCUGCUGCUGGAACCAGUACCAAGUUGCUGACUUUGUGGUGGACGCAUCGUGGAAGCAGACAUAUACCUGGUGUUAGUAGGCCUGCUUCACUGAACUGCCAGCAUCAGGUUAUCUGAUACAGCAAACCACUGCCCUUCGUCUUCGCGGAAGGAAUCCUGGUAUCUAGAUAUUAGAAGAGCGAGCGCCUCUUUCUUCCAAACGUAACACGUAAAAUACAGAUUCAUCCCAGCCUGAGAAUACUUGAUUCGUCUGCUUCAUUAUGAGGUUCCGGUUCUGCGGAGAUCUGGACUGCCCAGAUUGGAUUCUUGCAGAAAUAAAUACGUUGGCGCGUAUGACGUCAAUUAAAAUGAAGCUGCUUUGCCAGCAGGUAGCACGGUCGCUUAUAGGAGAGGACAUCGACUACGACAAAGUUAAGAAGCUUACGGCGGAUGCAAAAUAUGUCACUGGUGAUGUGAAGGGAUGCGUGGCAGCAGUGUCUUUCGUGCUAACAUCAGGUGCACGCCAUGGGGUGACAGAGGAAGCACUCUCUAGCGAACUGCAGCAGUUGGGGCUGCCACGUGAACUGAGUGCUGCACUCUGUCGUGUCUACAGUGACAACCUACCUGCUAUUACUGCUGCUCUGCGUGACAACUCACUCCGCUUGAGCCAUCUGAAAGAUGUAAGCUGGCGUGUUGACUUGGUUGGUGGGUCAAAUGUUUUGUCUGUUGAUGGUGAAAUCAGACCAGAAGUGUGCUUGAAGCUUCAGGUGCUUGAUUGUCUAACAGGAGAAGAAAAAUAUCACCAAUUUAACGUGACAGAGGCUCAGUUAAACAUAAUGAUUGAUGAUCUGAAAAAGGUGACAGGCAUUAUUGAUAGCCUGUAGAACUUCCAGCUGUGAAAUACAUCAAUAUAAAACUGUGAAAAUCAAAACUGCUUUGUUAUGAUGGAAUUCCAUUAAAUUGUUUUCUUUCCAGUAAUAAAUGAGAAAUGUAUUACUUGAUGAAA